AUGGCCUCCUUGCUCCCUGGUGCUUUGCCUGUCACGCAGGCAAGUGCGGGAUCCGCUGGCCGGCUUCAAGAAGGCUUGAACCUCUUUGCCAAGCUGGGAUGCUGCAGGCGGCAGGUGCACCACCUUUACGUGGGACGCGAUCUCUCCGGCAGCCCUGUGAGGGUUGAUGUGGGUCUAUGUGGGACCGGCUGUGGUGUCUGGCGAAAGACGAGCUCCCCUUCUCCUGGCUUCUCCAAGCAAGCCUCCAUGCUGGACUUCCUCCGGACCAGGAAGGACAGGCUCUCUUGGUCGUCGGCUGGACCAGAACCCGUGGCCGGAUGCGCGCCGGGCUACGGCUGCGAGCCCAGCCGUGUCCGGGUGGAAGACCACGUGCUCCUCGAAGGUGUACGGCAGGUGGAGGUGAUUGAGGGCUGCCAGUGCAGCGCCACCCCCCACGCCUGCCUCCGCUCGCCAGCCCUGAAGACCUUCUUUCCAGGCUCCCCGCUGGAGCGGACCCUGGACGUCGGCAAGUGCUCCAGGCCGCCCCAUGCCGAAGACGGGCUCUUCUGCGUGCCCACGGACUUUGACUCGGUCCUGGUGAAGAGCCCAAACGGGCACCAGGUGGUCCGGAUGCUGCGGAGAUGUGCGCUGCGAGAGCCCUGCCACCGGGUCCCCCAUGUGGAGCACUACGCCGAAGUCACACUCAACGCCGCCGGAGAAAAGAUGGAGCGCCUCAAGGAAAUCGAUGUGGGCCGAUGUCUUGGGCGGUGUGACUCUGGAAGCAGCUCCCUGCUGUGGGACUGGCAGACGCCGGGGAAUUGCCCCGCAUGGGACGAAGGGGCCUCCGGCCGCUGCGCCCCGCACCAGUACGAGACCCACACUUUCCGCAUCCGGACCGGGGAGCUGCGUACCGUCUUCGUCAUCCGGACGUGCAAAUGCGGAGCCUGA